AUGAAUUUCCGACAGGAGAAGUUUGUUAGGUUUCAGGAUUGGAAGUCCGACAAGACAUCCGACGCGGAAUAUUCCGGGAGAAGCGAGCCGCAAAACGGAAUAUUCCGGAGAACAAUCAGCUCAAUCUCCGAAAAGUUGCACAGAAGCUUCGAAUCAACCUCAUCAAGAAUCAACCUCUUCAGGAGAUCAUACAAGUCUUACUCUUUCAAAGCAACACUCUCAAAAGGGAUCGUCUCCACACACAAAAUCCUCGACCCGCAAGGACCUUUCCUCCAGAGAUGGAACAAGAUCUUCGUCUUGGCCUGCAUCAUCGCCGUCUCGCUCGACCCUCUCUUCUUCUACGUCCCCGUGAUCAACGACGCCAAGAAAUGCCUCGGCCUCGACAAGAAGAUGGAGAUCACCGCCAGCGUCUUGCGCUCCUUCACCGACGUCUUCUACGUGAUCCACAUCAUCUUCCAGUUCCGCACCGGCUUCAUCGCUCCUUCUUCUCGUGUCUUUGGCAGAGGCGUUCUCGUUGAGGACAAGCGUGAGAUCGCUAGACGUUACUUGUCCUCGCAUUUCAUCAUCGACAUUCUCGCUGUUCUUCCGCUUCCUCAGUUGGUGAUUCUGAUCAUCAUACCGCAUAUGAGAGGCUCGCCGUCUUUAAACACGAAGAAUCUGUUGAAGUUCAUUGUCUUCUUCCAGUACAUACCGAGGUUUAUAAGAAUCUAUCCGCUCUACAAGGAAGUGACGAGAACGUCUGGGAUACUUACUGAGACGGCUUGGGCUGGAGCUGCUUUCAAUCUCUUCCUCUACAUGCUUGCUAGUCACGUGUUCGGUGCGUUCUGGUAUUUGUUUUCGAUCGAGCGUGAGACGGUUUGUUGGAAACAGGCUUGCAGGAGGAGAAGCUGCGAUGUGAGGAUGCUGUACUGUGAGAACAGUAGUGCAGGAGGGAAUGCUUUCCUCAACGAGUCUUGUCCUGUUCAGAGUCCGAACACGACGCUCUUCGACUUUGGGAUAUUCCUUGACGCGCUUCAGUCCGGUGUUGUCGAGUCUCAGGAUUUCCCUCAGAAGUUCUUUUACUGUUUCUGGUGGGGUCUUCAGAACCUCAGCUCGCUCGGACAAAACCUUAAAACAAGUACUUAUGUUUGGGAGAUCUGUUUCGCUGUCUUCAUUUCUAUCUCCGGGCUGGUUCUCUUCUCCUUCUUGAUUGGGAACAUGCAGACGUAUCUGCAAUCAACAACGACGAGGUUGGAGGAGAUGAGAGUGAAGAGAAGAGACGCAGAGCAAUGGAUGGCACACCGUUUGCUCCCUGAGAACUUGAGGAAAAGAAUCCGGCGGUACGAGCAGUACAAAUGGCAAGAGACAAGAGGCGUUAACGAGGAGAAUCUUCUAAGCAAUCUCCCUAAAGAUCUUAGACGAGACAUCAAACGCCAUCUCUGUCUCGCCCUCCUCAUGCGGGUCCCAAUGUUUGAGAAAAUGGACGAGCAGCUUCUUGAUGCUCUCUGUGACCGUUUGCAACCUGUGCUCUACACUGAGGAAAGCUACAUCGUAAGAGAAGGAGACCCAGUAGAUGAAAUGCUCUUCAUAAUGCGUGGGAAGCUUCUAACGAUGACGACAAACGGUGGAAGAACCGGUUUCUUCAACUCCGAGCAUCUUGGAGCUGGUGACUUCUGCGGUGAGGAGCUUUUAACCUGGGCCUUAGACCCACACACAUCCUCAAACCUCCCAAUCUCGACGAGAACCGUUCGAGCUCUCGUGGAAGUUGAAGCCUUCGCUCUUAAAGCUGAUGACCUCAAGUUUGUGGCUUCUCAAUUCAGACGUCUUCACAGCAAACAGCUGAGACACACUUUCAGGUUCUACUCGCAGCAGUGGAGGACUUGGGCAGCUUGCUUCAUACAAGCCGCUUGGAGAAGAUACGUGAAGAAGAAACUCGAGGAGUCUCUUAAAGAAGAAGAGAACAGGUUGCAGGAUGCUCUGGCAAAGGAAGCUGGUGAAAGCUCACCGAGCCUUGGAGCUACGAUAUACGCAUCACGGUUCGCUGCGAACAUCUUGCGGUCCAUUCGUAGGAGCGGUUCGGUGCGAAAACCGAGGAUGCAUGAACGAAUGCCUGCUAUGCUACUUCAGAAACCAGCAGAACCAGAUUUCAAUAGUGAUGAUUAA